CCCCCUUUGGUACGUUUUGCUCAGCCUCUAGUCUGUAUUGGGCCCGCAAGUGCGGCGUUCCACGUAACGGACACGCAAUCAAACUCCGUAUUUCGUUUUCGCGUCGACCUCCCUGUCCGCUAGGCUGAGGCUAAAUUAAUUUUAUUUCAUUCACCUGGCAGCUGACAGAUAGCCUUGACAGAUUUUCACCACGCCCCUAAAAAUCGUCAAGCCAUUCAACCUAACCAACGCUCUACAGAGUUCAGACUCUUUACUCGCCGAAUAACCAUCAAUCAGAUCAUUGAGCCUCGUUUGCCAGCCAAACCUGAAUAAGCAUCAACCUGCGUCGCCUCAACCGCCAAAAUGUCUCGCAUCCAGAUCCCGAUAGACAUGCUAACGUCGCGCCUGAACCUUGGCGACCGCUUCGCAAGCAUGCGUUCUGGAUCACUCGCCAGCCGCUUCACGAAUCUGCGCCCGAUAUCCGAGUUCUUCGACUUCAAGCGUGUGUCCAAGCCCGCCAACUUUGCUGAGGCGCAGUCGCGUGUUAACUACAAUCUCGGCCACUUCUCGAGCAACUAUGCCGUCGUCUUCGUCAUGCUGUUUCUCUACUCGAUCCUUAGCAACAAGGCUCUGCUCUUCGACAUCGUCUUUGUCACGCUCAGCAUGUUCCUGAUUGGCAAGCUGGACGGCCGGGAUCUCGAGAUUGGCUCGCAGCGACUCACCACCUCGCAGCUCUACACGGGAAUGUGCAUCAUCGCCGUCCCCGUCGCUCUUUACGCUUCGCCCAUCGGCACCAUGUUGUGGCUGAUCGGCGCCAGCGGCGUGACCAUUCUCGGCCACGCUGCUUUUAUGGACAAGCCUAUCGAUGAGGCUUUUUCUGGGGAGGCGGUCUAGGU